AUGGAGAUGGAGAUGGAGAUGGAGAUGGAGAUGGAGAUGGAGAUGGAGAUGGAGAUGGAGAUGGAGAUGGAGAUGGAGAUGGAGAUGGAGAUGGAGAUGGAGAUGGAGAUGGAGAUGGAGAUGGAGAUGGAGAUGGAGAUGGAGAUGGAGAUGGAGAUGGAGAUGGAGAUGGAGAUGGAGAUGGAGAUGGAGAUGGAGAUGGAGAUGGAGAUGGAGAUGGAGAUGGAGAUGGAGAUGGAGAUGGAGAUGGAGAUGGAGAUGGAGAUGGAGAUGGAGAUGGAGAUGGAGAUGGAGAUGGAGAUGGAGAUGGAGGCGUAG